CUAGCGCCGGACAUCGUCGCCCUCCUGCCGCCACUCUGCUCUGUUCUACUUGGCUUUGUGCUCAGCCUCCGGAGUCCCCGAGUCUCACGGUCUUCCACUCGAGGUCUCAUCUGGCCCCACGGUCUAGCCUCGCAGCAAGAUUUGUGCUCUGCCCCCAUCAGCCAUGGAAAGUGACCUAGUGGUUCCAGAGGGCAGCCAGGAUGCUGCCAGAGUGGAAGCGGCAACGGCCUCGUCACCCCCAUUCCAGGCCCCGGCUGCUGUAACUGCCACAGUGCACUCAAUUGCCAGGCAGGGCCGGUCGGCCCAGAACAAGACAAGGAUUCAAGGCUGGUCAGGAUUCAGGCUUCCUAACCGGGAGCGGGAAGGGGCCAGUCGGGAGGAGCGCCUCGUUUCUCUCUCGGAGCUGACUCCGUACAUCUCCUGUUCUGUUUGCAAAGGUUAUUUAAUAGAUGCAACAACCGUUACAGAAUGUCUUCAUACCUUCUGUAAAAGCUGCAUCAUAAAACAUUUUGAACAUAGCUAUAGGUGUCCAAAAUGCAACAUUGUAGUGCACGAGGCCAAACCUCAUAAUCACCUGAGGUCGGAUCCACAAUUACAAAACAUAGUCUACAAAUUAGUGGCAGGCCUAGAGGAAAAAGAAAAAAAGCAAAGGCAAGAAUUCUAUAAAAGACAUUAUUCGGAAACACCAAAACCUGAUGCUGUUCCACAGCCAGGCCCUUCAAGCGAAGGGAACACUGAGGAACUUGUGGAAUUGUGCUUUAGUUCACAUGAACCUAGUAUUUCUUUGUUGCUAGAGUCUACAGGCACUAAUGCAGACACUGAGCAUUUUAAACCACUGAAAAUGAAGUUUGUGCAGAUCUCAAGAAAUGCAACCAUUGGACAUAUAGAAAAUUUUCUCAAAAGAAAAAUGGGCCUUGCUGAAGCUUAUCGGGUAGAUAUCACGUGCGGUGGUCAGUUGCUGAAGGACUUUCAAACUCUGCAAGAAGUCCAGUGUAGAGUAGGGGAUGCUGGGAUGCAGGGUGAUUUGCUAAUGCUUUAUUACAGUAUUGUGCUUUCCCCUCUGAAGGUGACUUGCUAGGGGUAGUAUGAAGGGACAGAAAGUAAGAAGGCCUCUGUAGAACUGCAUCUUACUGAAGAGUUCUAGAA